CACCGUAAAACUAGCGGAUGGUGAUUCCACCUACCCGCAAAAACACACACAGCUACAUCUCAGGCAAUCAAUCUACCUGCCUGCCUGCCUGCCUCGCAGCAGUAGCAUUGCACCCGCAGGUUCGGCGUGCAUACUACUCCCGACGCAACGGCCACCACUCUCGCUGUCAUCGCAUCUCGGCCGAUUCAGCCUAGCAUCUGCGCACAUCCACAGCCCACGAGUUACUAUCGGCCACCACUAUUUAAUCCGCCCUAAGCGGCGUUGAGCGACUCAUUCGAUUGCUCCCACCACUAGCAUCGCAGCCAUGACGGCCGAAAUCAGCGGCACUCGUGGCUCCCUUGCCAACCUAUACCGGUCAAGCGAGCGCCUAUUCGCCCAACAACAUGACACGACCACCCUCGAUCCCAAAAAACGUGCAGCGGCACAAAACGCAAUCGAGAAGAAACGCGCGUCCCUCGACGCCCGCCACCGCUAUCUACUGGAGAAAUUCGCCGCUAUCAUCGACGAAAAACCCGCUACUCUUGAAAACAGUCUGCUUUUGGGCACUAAAGUCGACCUGCUUAACGACUUUUUUGCCGAAGGCGGAAGUAAACGCGUGCUGUUCUUCUGGCAGAAUGGCUCCGGCACGGAAACCACCCCGGCUCGGGCACCACCGGGUGUCACUGGCGCUGCACUCAACCCCGCAUCCCGCACACCCCAACUUAUCGUCACCAGCGGGAACCGUGAGGUUCUCACCGGCACCGGGUGUUUCUUCCUCCGCACAUCCACUAAGGCGAUCACACCCGCCAACAUGUUCACCGACAUUUCGUUCGGGAUCUUGACGCCGGCGCUCUUGCCAUCCCUCACAACGACCGUCCGGCACGUGCUCCUCCCUGCACUAAAGGCGCAAGAAAAUUGGGGUGUGCUCACUCCGCAAAAUAUGUCGGCGCCUGCGGCUGAUAAGGAUGAGAGCAUCAAGGCUUUCAUGGAAGUACUUGAGAAAUUUGUGAAUGAUCUUGACGUUGCGAUGCUGAAUCUGGGAGACAGUGUGCACCUGCAUGAAUGUACGGUCGAUCUGGAUGCGUACAAGAAGCCCAAUGAUUACGCUAAUGCCGCACAUAACCCGGAGGUCAUCUCGUCUUUGGAGGCCCUCGUGACAGAAUGGCUCAAACAAAUCGACGCAGUCCUCGCCGAAUCCGAGCAAAUGCGCAAGGAGGCCGAUGAUAUUGGGCCUAACGCCGAGCUGGCGCAUUGGAAAGCUCGAAUGGUGAAAUUCAACAGCAUCACUGACCAGCUCCGCAGUCCCGUCUGCAAGAAGGUCGUUGGUAUUUUGCAUGCGUGCAAAAUGAGCAAAGGGUUGUUGAAGAGCUGGAAGGAGGUUGGGGAUCGCGUUACGGAUGCUGCUAAUGAGAGCAAGGACAACGUCAAAUACCUUUACACCCUGGACCGCUUCUGCGAGCCACUCUACCGCUCGGACCCGAUCUCCAUGAUCCCCGCCAUCCCGGGUCUGAUCAACGCCAUCAAGAUGAUCUACUCCAUUUCGCGCUACUACAACACCUCCGAGCGCAUGACCAGCCUGUUCGUCAAGAUCACCAACCAGAUGAUCACGAGCUGCAAGGAGUACAUCUACCGUGAUGGCACGAAGCUGUGGGACCAGGACCGCAAGGUGCUGGUACAGAAGCUGGGCGAUUGUUGUCGGUUGAAUGAGGCUUAUCAGAGGGUUUUCCAUGAGAUUAAGCGCAAACUAUCCGAAACACCCUCCGAGAAACAAUUCGACUUCUCGGAAAUGUACAUUUUCGGCAAAUUCGACGCCUUCUGCAAACGCAUCCAGAAGGUCACCGACAUGUUCUCCAUCAUCGAAAAGUUCUCGCUGCUGGAACAUCUUGGUGUCGAGGGCAUGGACGGGAUCAUUAAGCGCUUUUCCAAUGUGCUGAUUCAGUUGCAGAGGAAGGGAUAUGAUAUUUUGGAUCAUAGGAAGAUGGAGUACGACACCGACUACAACACCUUCAAGAAGCAAAUAUCGGACCUCGAGUCCACGCUCCAACAAUUCAUCGACGCCUCCUUCGAGCGGAUCAACAACACCGAAGCCGCGCUCUCCCUCCUCUCCAAGUUCUCCCAGAUCAAAGACAUGGCGCUCAACCUCGAGUCCAAAUACAACCAAGUCUUUGCCCACUACACGCGCCGGGACCUCGAAGGCGUGCGCAAGCUGUACACUAAGCAAAAAGAGAACCCACCGAUCCCGCGGAACACUCCACCGGUCAGCGGGGCCAUCGAGUGGGCGCGGCAGCUCUACCGUCGCAUCGAAUCGCCCAUGCGGCAGUUUAAGGAAAAUACCUCCGUGCUUGAAUCCGCGGACGCCAAGAAGCAUAUCCGUAAUUACAACAAGCUCGCGCGCGCGCUGAUCGAGUUCGAGUUGUUGUGGUACCGGUCGUGGUACAAUGUCGUCGAUGAGGCCAAGACCGGGUUGCAGGCGACGUUGCUGGUUGCGGACGCCGAUGGGAACCUGUAUGUCAAUUUCGACCCGCAGAUCUUGCAGCUGAUCAAGGAGACGAAGCAUAUGCAGCGGUUGGGGCUCGAGGUGCCGGAGUCUAUCCGUAAUGUGUGUCUGAAGGAGAUGUACUACAAGGGCCUGUACAGCGGGCUCGUGUCGAUCCUGCAGACGAAGAAGAGGGUGCUGGACAAGGUCUCGAAUGUCUUGCGCAGGGCAUUGGUCCCGCAUAUUGAGGAGCUGGAUAGAUGUCUGCAGCCCGGGUUAACAGCGUACACGUGGACGUCACUGAACCUGGACGAGUAUCUCGGCAAAAACAACGCCCAGCUGGGCAAGCUGGAAGAAUUAGUCGAUAAAGUGUUGGACAUCAUCGAAGUGCGCAUCGACCAUGGCGUCAAGCGCAUCGCGGAACUCUCCAUCUGCGAAGUACCCUCGGAGAACGAGCAAUGGACGGUCGACACCUUCCUCGAGAAGACGGAGGAGCGUUGCGGUGUCGUUGUUGGUUUGAUCAACAACCGCUCAAAUCUGAUCGAGAGCGCUACCCGCGACAUCAUCGACGAGCUGACCAAAGGCGUCACUACACCCAUCGGCCCCGAGUUGAAACUUGCACAUGAGGCGGUGUAUUUCUACUUCAAUUACCAGAACAUCGAGGCCCUCGUGCAGUGCACCAAGGGCUCGCUUGAUUUGCUUCGAUCACGGUUAGGGACAUACACCGGAAUUCAGUUCAACCGGAGCGUGCAUCAGAAGCCGUUCUUUCGCGCCGAGUUGGUUCUCAACAUCCCUAAUGUCGUCUUGCAACCCAAGCUCGAGGACAUCCAAACGGCGAUCAACAAAGCCGGCGGCAUGAUUGUGGAAAUUGCCAAGAAGCUGACGUUGAACUGGAAGACGUUCCUUUCGCCGACAGACGGGUAUGAGCACACCACGCCUCGCUCGCCGGAGGACACGGCCCAGGUCGCCAACAACAAGGAUGUGUUCAAGGCGCUGACGACGCUAAGCUCGACUGUCAACUCGAUGCGGAAGGAAAUCGAGACGCACCGCGAGGCAUCGGGCAAGUACGAUUUCCUAUGGAAAGACGACAAAACCGAGACGAUCCAGAACUUCCUCAACUCUAACCCAACCAUCUCCGAUUUCGAAUCCGAGAUCAACCGGUACGAAGGGAUCGAGAAGGAGAUCAACGAGAUCCCCAAUUCCACGCAAAUCGGUUUGCUCCUCGUCUCGUCCGAACCACUGAAACUGGCGCUGCUAGCUGAGACCAAGGAGUGGAAACAGCAGUAUGGUCUGAACCUGAACCGGAAGGUCAAGACGGACAUGGAGCAGCUCAUGGAGUACAUGGAAAACAAGACCAUGCGGCUUAGUCGGAAGAUCUCCGACAUCGACGAUCUGCGCAUGGCCGUGCAGACCCUCAGCGAGAUCCGGGAGACGGAGGUCGACAUCGACAUGCGGGUCGCGCCGAUCGAGGAAGCCUACCUGCUGCUCACGAAGCACAACGUGACUGUGUCGAAGGAGGAGACGGAGAUGGUUGAUUCGCUGCGAUACAGCUGGAAGAAGCUGAAGCAGCUCGUAAUUGAUGUGCAAGCCCAUCUGUCCAAGAUCCAGCCGGUGUUCAGGGCCGAUCUGAUCAGCGCGGUGCAGAAGUUCACGCAGGACGUUAACGACUUUACCAACGAAUACACGCUGAAUGGGCCAAUGGUCAACUCCAUCGCGCCCAAGACGGCAACAGAGCGGCUGAACGUGUUCCAACGCUCGUUCGACGAGCUCAAUCGGAAGUGGGAGACGUACUCCGCGGGCGAGGAGCUGUUUUCUCUGCCCGUGACACCGUUCCCGACCCUGGUGCGCAUCAAGAAGGAGCUGCGCCUGCUGCAGAACCUGUACGGACUGUACAACGAUGUGUUGGAGAAGCGGCAGCACUACAACGAGACGCUGUGGAGCGAGCUGAAACUGGAAGUCAUCAACGACGACAUGAACGAGUUCCAGAACAAGAUCAAGAAGCUGCCGAAGGCGCUGAAGGAUUGGGACGCGUUCUUGGAGUUGAAGAAGACGGUGGAUAACUUGACCGCUAUUGUGCCGCUGCUGGAGAUGAUGAGCAAUAAGGCCAUGCAAAGGCGGCACUGGGAUCGCAUCCAGGGAGUGACGAGCACGACAUUCGAGUUGGAUCCUGAGCAGUUUUACCUCAAAAACUUGCUCGACGCGCCGCUGAACGAGAACCGGGAAGACAUUGAGGAUAUCUGCACGGCCGCGGUCAAAGAGGCGGACAUCGAGGUCAAGCUGAAGCAGGUAGUCACGGAAUGGGAGGACAAGGCCUUCAUUCUGGCGCAGUUCAAGAACCGUGGAAAUUUGAUUCUGAAGCCGGCUGCGACGUCGGAGAUCAUCUCGCAGAUGGAAGACGGGCUGAUGACGCUUGCUUCGCUGAUGAGUAACCGGUACAACGCCCCGUUCAAGCCGGUCAUCCAAACCUGGGUGCACAACCUAUCCACGGCGUCCGAAGUUAUCGAGAACUGGCUCGCGGUGCAAAAUCUGUGGAUCUACCUCGAAGCCGUAUUCGUCGGGGGAGACAUCGCCAAGCAGAUGCCCAAGGAAGCGAAGCGGUUCAGCAACAUCGACAAGAGCUGGGUGAAGAUCAUGGGAUUGGCAAACGAGCAUCCCAACGUGAUCCAAUGCUGCGUGUUGGACGAGACAAUCGCCAACUUGCUGCCGCACCUGACUGAGCAGCUCGAGCUGUGUCAGAAGUCGCUUUCUGGAUAUCUUGAAUCCAAACGCGCCAUCUUCCCGCGUUUCUUCUUCGUUUCUGACCCUGCGCUCCUGGAAAUCCUCGGUCAGGCGAGUGACUCGCAUACCAUCCAAGCGCACCUCAAAAGCGUCUUCGAGAACAUUGACAAGGUCCAGUUCCACGAGAAGGAUUACGACAAGAUCUUGGCGUUGGAGAGUUCCGAGGGAGAGCGCGUGCCGCUCAGCCGGCCGAUGCUGGCGGCUGGAAACGUUGAGAUGUGGCUCGGAACGCUACUGAAGAGCAUGCAGACUACAAUCAACGAUAUUAUUCGGGAGGCUGCUACACGUGUCAACGAUGUGCCACUACAAAAGUUUAUGGAUGAGUACCCCGCGCAAAUCGGGUUGCUGUGUUGUCAGAUCCAAUGGACACAGAUGUGCGAGGAGGCUCUGCAAGCGUCGAAGACCGAUAAGAAGAAGAUGGCAGCCACCAACCAGAAGAUCACCGAGAUUCUCAACACGUUGAUCGAAGUGACCACUCGUGAUCUCUCAAAGAUGGACCGUACAAAGUACGAAACACUCAUCACCAUCCAAGUCCACCAUCGAGAUGUGUUCGAGAAGCUCUUCAAGUCGCACGUCAAGUCUGCCGAAGACUUCGAGUGGCUCAAGCAGGCGCGGUUCUACUGGCAAGAAACCAAAGAUUGCUGUGUAGCAUCCAUUACCAAUUUCGACUUCAAGUACCAGUGCGAGUACCUCGGAUGUACCGAUCGUCUUGUCAUCACACCAUUGACGGAUCGUUGUUAUAUCACGCUAGCGCAAGCUAUCGGAAUGUCUCUUGGAGGUUCGCCCGCUGGACCCGCCGGAACGGGCAAGACCGAGUCCGUCAAGGAUUUGGGCAAAAACUUGGGCAAGUGGGUCGUCGUCUUCAACUGCUCCGACCAAAUGGACUACCGUGGUCUCGGGAGGAUCUUCAAAGGUCUCGCGCAAAGUGGAUGUUGGGGAUGUUUCGACGAGUUCAAUCGUAUUGAGCUGCCCGUGUUGUCCGUCGCCGCUCAGCAAAUCGGAUGCGUGUUCUCCGCGCGUAAAGAGCGCAAAACAUCGUUCAUUUUCACGGACGGUGACACGGUCGAACUGAACCCCGAAGUCGGAAUGUUCAUCACCAUGAACCCUGGUUACGCCGGGCGUGUCGAGCUGCCCGAGAACCUGAAGGUGCAUUUCCGAUACGUCGCUAUGAUGGUGCCUGAUCGACAGAUCAUCAUGCGUGUCAAGCUCGCCGGAUGCGGUUUCCUCAACAACAUCGUGCUGGCCAAAAAGUUCUUCGUGCUGUACCGGCUUUGCGAGGAGCAGCUAUCGAAACAAGUUCACUACGAUUUCGGUUUGCGGAACAUUCUGUCCGUCUUGCGUACGUGCGGUGCCGCCAAGCGUGGCAACCCCGAGGAUUCCGAGAACUUGAUUAUCAUGCGAGUAUUGCGUGAUAUGAACUUGUCCAAGCUCGUUGACGAAGAUGAGGCCUUGUUCUUGAGUUUGGUCAACGACUUGUUCCCUGGAUUGACCGCCAAGAAGGCGACUUACCCGAGCAUGGAGAACGCUAUUGAUCAACAGCUUCAGGAUGCGCACCUCAUCAACCACCCGCCAUGGACGUUGAAGGUCAUUCAGCUAUAUGAGACGGCUCGUGUGCGUCACGGCAUCAUGGUCUUGGGUCCGACGGGCACGGGCAAGACCAAGUGUAUCAACGCUCUACUCAAAGCCAUGACGGCCUGCGGAGAUCCCCACAAGGAGUUGCGUAUGAACCCCAAGGCCAUCACAGAUUACCAAAUGUUUGGUCGGUUAGACGUCGCCACCAACGACUGGACGGACGGUAUUUUCUCAUCGCUAUGGCGUAAGACGCUGAAAAAGAAAGGCGAGACGAUCUGGAUCGUGCUCGAUGGACCUGUCGAUGCCGUGUGGAUUGAGAAUUUGAACUCUGUAUUGGACGAUAACAAAUGUCUGACUCUCGCCAACGGAGACCGUAUUCCCAUGUCGGCAGCGUGUAAGCUGACCUUCGAGGUGCACAGUUUGCGAAACGCUUCCCCCGCUACUGUUUCGCGCUGUGGUAUGAUCUACAUCGGUGUUACGGCACUCACCUGGGAUAUUGUGCUGCAAUCGUGGUUCAAGUCUCGGCCAGCAUCGGAAGUUUCUGUUCUUGAGCCGCUCUUUACAUCUACGUUCGGACCGUGUAGUCAGUAUCUGAACGUGGAACUACACCCCAAGAUGCUGAUCGCGAAAGUGUCGUUCGUUGCGAACUGCACCACCCUUUUGCAAGGGCUAAUUCCAAAGGUGGAGGCCAACAAAUCCCAGAUCGCCGCCGACCAUCUCGAGCGCUUGUAUGUCUUCUGCAUGUUCUGGUCAUUGGGAGCUCUACUGGAACUCGAUGAGCGGAAGAAGCUGCAAAGCUUUAUGCUGACCAACUGCCCCGAGCUGAAGUACCCUCCACUCGACCCGAACACACUGGAUACCUUCUACGAGUACUUCGUGGACGAGGCUGGUCAGUGGUGUCACUGGAAGGAGCGGGUGCCGGGAUGGUUGUACCCACAGGACCAUACCCCGGAGUUCUCGUCGAUCAUCAUCCCCACGGUCGACAACGUGCGUACGGAGUUCCUCAUCGACACAGUAUCCAAGCAGGGCAAGUCCGUACUGCUUAUCGGAGAGCCCGGUACCGCCAAGACGGUCACCAUCCGCAAAUACCUGCAGAAGCUCAACCCGGACACGCACAUGUCGAAGAACCUCUCGUUUUCAUCUGCCACGACACCCAUGAUCUUCCAACGCACGAUCGAAAGUUACCUCGACAAGCGCAUGGGUUCGACGUACGGUCCCCCAGCCGGAAAGAAGAUGCUGCUGUUUAUCGACGACGUUAACAUGCCUGAGAUCAACGAAUGGGGAGACCAAGUCACGGGCGAGAUUGUGCGGCAGUUGAUGGAGUACCAGGGUUUCUACUCGCUUGAUCGCCCAGGGGACUGGACCGCGAUCGUGGAUCUGCAGUUCUUGGGCGCGAUGAUGCAUCCGGGAGGAGGAAGAAACGAUAUCCCCAGUCGGUUGAAGCGCCAGUUCUUGGUGAUUAACUGCACGAUUCCGUCCGACACGUCCGUGGACAAGAUUUUCGGCACGAUGCUGGAGGGUCACUUCAGCGCCGCGCGGCAGUUUUCUGAGGAGGUCAUCGCCAUGAUCCCGCGCAUCCCUGCACUUACCCGCCGAUUGUGGCAGCUCACGAAAGCUAAAAUGCUGCCCACGCCUGCCAAAUUCCACUACAUCUUCAACUUGCGUGAUCUGUCGCGCAUCGUGGAGGGCAUGCUCAACUCGAAAGCCGAAGUGGUCAACACCCAAAAGUUGUUGCUUCAUCUGUGGGAACACGAGUGUUCGCGCGUGUUGCCCGAUCGUUUCGUCACGGGCGAGGAUAUUGAUUGGUUCAGUAAGACCCUUACCAACCUUGUCACCAAGGAGAUGGGCGACGAGUUCGGAACCGCACUAGCAACCAAAUCGUACUGGGUUGAUUUCCUCCGCGAGCCGCCAGAAAGCGACGACCCGGACGUCGAGAUCGAUCUGGACGCCUGCAAGCUGUACGAGAAGAUCCCAUCGUUCGAAGUCUUGCGCGAGCGGAUCCAGGAGUACAUGAAGCAGUACAACGAGACCAUCCGUGGAUCCAAGAUGGAUCUCGUACUGUUCGAGGACGCGAUGAAGCACAUCGUGCGUAUCUCGCGUAUCAUCCGCACGCCGCGCGGAAACGCGCUGUUGGUCGGUGUAGGAGGAUCCGGCAAGCAGUCCCUCACGAAACUGGCGGCGUUCAUUGCAAAGUCUCAAGUUUUCCAAAUCGCCAUUUCGAAGAACUACGGUAUCCAGAACUUAAUGGAAGACUUCAAGUUCAUGUACAAGCUCGCUGGCGCGCAGGGCAAAUCUGUGACGUUCAUCUUUACGGAUAACGAGGUCAAGGAAGAAGCCUUCCUGGGAUACAUCAACAACAUCCUGACGUCCGGAGAAAUCACCAACUUGUUCCCCAAGGACGAGAUCAUUGGAAUCACGGGCGAUUUGCGUGUGCCGAUGAAGAAGGCCCGGCCAGCCGUCCCGGACACUUUGGAAAAUCUAUGGCAGUUCUUCAUCGACCGCGUGAAAGCCAACCUGCACGUCGUGUUAUGUUUCUCACCCGUGGGCGACAAGUUCCGUAACCGAUCGCUCAAAUUCCCCGGUCUGGUUUCCGGGUGCACGAUGGACUGGUUCACGCGAUGGCCUGCAGAGGCAUUGCGAGCCGUGGCCGACAAGUUCCUGGGCGAGGUGGACAUCGUCAGCACGGAGCAGGUCAAGAAGGACGUGGUGUAUCACAUGGCGUUUGUGCACGAUCUCGUCGCGGAGGCUUGCAACAAUUACUUUACGCAGUUCCGCCGCAGGACACAUGUCACGCCCAAAUCGUACCUGUCCUUCCUCGACUCGUACAAAAAACUGUACACGGCAAAGAGGACGGAAGUCGGUGGAUUAGCAGACCGUAUGAACCUCGGUCUCGCCAAGCUUCUCGAAGCGUCCAAGUCCGUCGCACAGCUGCAAGAGGAGCUGGUGGUAAAGGAGAAAGACCUCGCGGUAGCGUCGAAAGCCGCCGACACCGUGCUCGCGGAAGUGACCAGCAGUACAGUCGCCGCCGAGAAAGUCAAGGACGCGGUGCUGAAAGUCAAGACCAAAUCCGAGGGCAUCGCCAACGCCAUCCGGGCCGAUAAAGAGUACGCCGAGUCCCAGCUAGAGGCCGCCAAGCCCGCGCUGGAGGAAGCCAACAACGCCUUGAACUCCAUCCAGCCGGCGCAUAUCUCGACCGUGCGUAAACUGGCAAAACCACCGCAUUUGGUCAUGCGGAUCAUGGACGGUGUGCUGCUCCUCCAGAAGCGGCGCGUCGACCCCGUGCAGCAGGACCCGGACCGUCCGUGCGCGAAGCCGUCGUGGAGUGAAGCCUUGAAACUGAUGUCGCAGUCCGACUUUUUGUCCUCGCUCGUGAACUUUGGGAAAGAUGAGAUCAACGAGGAGACCACGGAGCUGCUCGAGCCGCUGCUGGACAUGCCGGAUUUCAACUUGGAGGGAGCCAAGAAGGUGUCCGCCGAUGUCGCCGGUCUCACAUCGUGGGUGAAAGCGAUGGCGUUCUACUUUGGCGUCAACAAGAAAGUCAUCCCCUUGAAGGCCAACCUGAUCGUGCAAGAGUUCAAGCUCAACCUCGCCAUGGCGGACUUGAACCAAGCGCAAGCGCAGUUGGACGAGAAACAGGCGGAGUUGGACGUGUUCAAGGAGAAAUACAACCAGGCCGUGGGCACGAAACAGGCAUUGCAGGCCGACGCCGACAACUGCAAGCGGAAGAUGAACGCCGCUACUGCGUUGAUCAGCGGACUGAAAGGCGAGAAAAACCGAUGGACCAUCCAGAGUAAAGAGUUUGGCGAACGCAUCGGACGACUCGUCGGCGAUAUCAUCCUCGCCACCGCAUUCCUGUCCUACUGUGGUCCCUUCAACCAAACCUUCCGCGCGCAACUGCUCAACGACUGGACAAAGGAACUUACCAAACGCAAGAUCCCGCACAGUGAGGAUCUGGACAUCAUCAGCUUGCUGGUCGAGCCGACGAUGAUUGGCGAAUGGAACAUCCAGGGCUUGCCCACGGACGAGCUGUCAACGCAGAACGGUAUCGUGGUCGUCAAGGGGUCGCGAUACCCGCUCCUCAUCGACCCGCAGAACCAGGCCAAAGUGUGGAUCAAGAACAAGGAAGAAAAGAACAAACUCCUCGUCACAUCCCUCACCAACAAAUACUUCCGAUCGCACAUCGAGGACGCGGUGUCUCAGGGCCGGCCGCUGUUGAUCGAGGAUGUCGAAGAGGCGCUGGACCCUACGCUUGACAACAUCCUUGAGAAGAACUUGAUGAAAGCCGGUCGGUCCUUCAAGGUGGCGUUCGGAGACAAGGAGCUGGAUUGGAGCGACGGGUUCUACCUGUACAUCACAACCAAGCUGCCGAACCCGAACUGGUCGCCUGAGCUGUACGCGAAAUGUUCCGUGAUUGAUUUCACGGUCACGCAUAAGGGGUUGGAGGAACAGCUGCUGGGUCGUGUGAUUAUGCGCGAGAAGCAGGAGCUGGAGACGGAACGGGCGAAGCUGAUGGAGGACGUCAACUCCAACAAGCGGAAGAUGAAGCAGCUCGAAGACAACUUGCUCGAGCGGCUUACGUCCACGCAAGGGUCGCUGGUCGACGACGAGUCGCUGAUCGAGGUGCUGGCGGUGACAAAGACGACAGCGGAGGAGGUGAACGAGAAGCUGGUCGUCGCGGCCGAGACGCAAAAGAAGAUCGGAACCGCGCGUGAGGAGUACCGCCCCGUCGCCUCCCGGGGGUCCAUCAUCUACUUCCUGAUCGCCGAGAUGAGCAUGGUGAACGUCAUGUACCAAACCUCGCUCAAGCAAUUCCUGCAGCUCUUCGACGAGAGUAUGGAAAAGUCCGCACCGUCGCCGAUCCCGUCCAAACGCAUCCAGAACAUCAUCGAGUACUGCACCUUCCGCGCGUUCAGCUACAUCGCGCGCGGCCUAUACGAGAUCCACAAAGUCUUGUUCGUGCUGCUGCUAGCCAUCAAGAUCGACAUCAGCAUGAACAAGCUGUCGCACGACGAGUUCCGGUGCUUGAUCAAAGGAGGCGCCGCGCUAGAUAUCAACGCGGUGGUCAAGAAGCCGUUCAACUGGAUCCCGGACAUGACCUGGCUGAACCUGGUCGCGCUGUCCAAGAUGCCCGGGUUCAACGAUCUACUGAACCAGAUCGGGAAGAACGAGAAGGCAUGGCGGUCGUGGUAUGAGAAGGACUCGCCGGAGAACGAGUUGCUGCCGAGUGGGUACCACAACACGCUGGAUGCGUUCCGUCGUCUGCUGCUCGUCCGAUCGUGGUGUCUCGACAGGACCAUCAUGAUCGCCAAACAGUACAUUGCGGAAUCGAUGUCGCAGCGCUUCGCCGAGUCGCAGAUUCUCGACCUCGACGCCCUGCUGAACGAGUCCGAUAACCGCACGCCCAUGAUCUGUCUCCUCUCCACGGGAUCCGACCCGUCCGCGGAUAUCGAGAACCUGUCCAAGAAGUACAAAAUCGACAUCAAAGCGAUCUCGAUGGGACAAGGGCAAGAAGUGCACGCGCGCAAACUGCUCUCGGCGUUCAUGACCAACGGCGGGUGGGCGUUGCUGCAGAACUGUCACCUGGGUAUCCCGUUCAUGGACGAGCUGCUAAGCCUGAUCCUCGAGACGGAGAACGUGCACGACAAGUUCCGAUUAUGGAUCACGACGGACGUCAGCGCCAAGUUCCCAAUCACGUUCCUGCAGAUGUCGAUCAAGUUCACCAACGAGCCGCCGCAGGGUGUCAAGGCCGGGUUGAAGCGCACGUACGCGUGGUAUACGCAGGAUAUGCUGGACAUGUCGCCACGGCCGCAGUACAAGCCGCUGCUGUAUGGCUUGGCGUUCUUGCAUUCGAUUGUGCAGGAGCGGAGGAAGUUUGGACCGCUCGGGUGGAACAUCCCGUAUGAGUUCAAUCAGAGUGAUUUGGCGGCUAGUGUGCAAUUUGUGCAGAAUCAUGUGGAUGAGUUGGCUCCGAAGGCGCCGAUAUCGUGGACGACGGCACGAUACAUGUUCUGUGAAGUGCACUAUGGUGGGCGAGUCACGGAUGAUUUCGAUCGCCGCCUCCUAACAACCUACGGAAAAGUCUGGUUCGGCGACCACAUGUUCGCCGACACCUUCGCGUUCUUCAAAGGCUACACCAUCCCGCACCUCAAAUCCGUCGAAGAGUACCGCUCCUCAAUCGAAAACCUGCCGCUCCUCGACACGCCCGACGUCUUCGGCCUGCACCCGAACGCGGACAUCUCCUCACAGACCAAAGAAUCGCAACAAAUGCUCGACACCAUCAUGUCGAUCCAGCCCAAGGACAGCGGCGGCGGGUCGGGCGAGACGCGUGAGGAGGUCGUGAAGAGGAUCGCGAACGAUCUGCUGAGCAAAUUAGCGGAAGAUUUCGAUAAGAACAAGACGAAAGCGUGUAUCGCGAAGCAAGGCGGGCCUAAACCGCUGAAUAUCUUCCUCGGACAGGAGGUUGACCGGAUGCAGAACGUGAUUUCCGCGGUGCGGUCGACGUUGAGUGAUUUGAAGCUCGCGAUUGACGGAACGAUUAUCGUUUCGGCACAACUGCAGGAGGCGCUGGACGCGCUGUACGAUGCAAGGGUCCCGACGGCGUGGAUCAAGAUCUCGUGGCAGGGGUCGACGCUAGGAUUGUGGUACUCCGAACUGCUGACACGGAUCGCGCAGUUCCAGACGUGGUUGUACGAUGGGCGGCCGCUGGUGUUUUGGCUGUCGGGGUUCUUUAACCCGCAGGGGUUCCUGACGGCGAUCCGGCAGGAGAUUACGCGGUUGCAUAAUGGGUGGGCGCUGGAUAAUGUCAAGCUGGCGCCCGAGGUGAUGAAGCAGAUGAAGGAGGAUAUUGCGGCGCCGCCGGCCGAAGGCGUGUAUAUCCACGGAUUGUUCAUUGAGGGUGCCGCGUGGGACCGCAAGAAUAUCCGGUUGACUGAGUCGCAGCCAAAGGUUAUUUACCAAGCGAUGCCGGUUGUCCACGUCUCGGCGACCAACUCGACGGAUGAAGGCGACCCGAGGAUGUACCGAUGCCCGGUGUACAGGAGACCAAGAAGGACGGACCAGAACUACGUCUUUGAUAUCGAGCUGAAGACGACGCAGAACCCAGACUAUUGGAUCAUGCGGGGAGUGGCUUUGUUGUGUGCCACUAGUUAGUGGGGCGCGGAGAAACGAGCGGAAUGGACCUCGAUUCUAAAACAUCUUUAUACGAAUUUUUUUUGGGAAUCAUGUAAAACGCACGCUUGGGAACAUUGCUGAGGUUGUGAUUUAAUAGGAGAGUUGUGUGAUAUCAUGUUGUAAAUAUACGAUCUUUCGAAUGAGAAAAUACUUCUCACAAUACCUCGCCUGCAGCACGUAUAUAACAUCUCAGGGAUAUGCCUGGCGAGGCUCGCUAGGCUCUGCCGAUACUUUCAAGGGCUCGUCCUGACUACUCUAAUCAUG